UAAAUAACACCCUUCUGAAUUCUUAUCUUUCUCACUUGUGUCACUACCAGCAACAUGUGUCGAUCCACCGAUUAUCACUCACACCAUGGUGAUAGAGAAACAGAACCAUUCACAAUCACCUCUUUCUUUCUACGUCUUUCUGCUCCAGAUUAUAAUUCUGAAUUGGCUUCUCAUGAAUCAAGUCCCACACCGGAUUCCCUCACUCUCCUCCUCUUUAUCCCGAACAACACCAACAACGUUAAUGAAACUCCGUUACUCCCACCUUAUUCUCCGGCCACCGUAACUCUCCGCCGGAUGAGGUUUCCCGGCGAGAUCUCCGGCGAUACACGUGCAAUGAUAUUCGGGAGCAAGGAAACAGUGCAAGUUACAACGACACAAUCCUUAAGAUUCCAACUCUACCAUGCGGAAACCAAGAUAUUGAAAGGAACAAUCAAAAGAAGAAGAAACGAAAAAGAAAAAUGGAAAUUGGAAUGUUGCAACUGCGAAAAUCCUAGCUCCUUUUCGAUUUCUGAGGUGGAGUUCCUGUUUGCCAUAGAUGGGCAUGCUCCGAUCACAGCAAGGUUUGGUUUUGCUGCUGGUUCUGUCCCUGUUUUCAAGCAUCACAAGAACAAGAAACUGCGCAGGACCAAGAUGAAUUUGGAGGACAUUCCAGAGGAAACAGAGCUGCUUUGUGGUGAUGAUGGUCAUGCCGAUACGGAUACAGAACUUGAAGAAGUGUGCGACCACUUGGAAAUGGAUUUGCAAGUGCUGAGAAAGUCACUUGAUGUGGGAAUUUGGGUGCUCUGUUUGGGUGUCGGUUUCAUGGUUUCUAGAGCUUCCAUCACCAAAUUUCGCUCGAGAUUAAGGUUUUCAUGACCUGUGUCGUCCUCUUAUGUCUUGAAAUAAGUUCAAAUUUUCUUUUACAUAACAAUUUUGUGUGAAUUACUACUAUGUUCUUCAUGAAACGGAAAAUUAUAGUUUGUCAAUUGUAAAAAAAAAUACCAACAACAUUACAUUUUGUUGUAUAAUACUUUUUCUAUUGGGUCAA